AUGGUAACUUAUAGAGGUAGAGGUAACUUUAACAGUUCCAACUUCUGCAUUUAUAUUUAAGGAUAUAAGAUAUUAAAAGGAUUUUGGAUGACAGCAUGGACAGAAACAAACAUAUUUGGCGAAUUAGAGACAUUAUUCAAGAAUAAGAAAUUAAAAGCUCCACCACACAAGUUAGUUCCAUGUUGUCAGUAUCAGGAAGCUGUUAUUAAUGCAAUUCAUACAGAUGGUCGAACAGAAGUGAAAUACAUUUUGGAUAUGACUAAAUCAUAA